GCGUUCGGGCCCAGCGGGGAGAGUUUAGCUGUGUGGCGACGACGUCUGCAGCUUCUACCUCGGCGCCCAGAGGGAUGCGGUGGGUCCAUUGGGGAGGUAAUGCCUUUAUGCCGUUUCCCUUGCUGGCGUCAAAGCAACAUUCGCCCCGUUCCUAUCCUCGGUGCUGGCCGGUGCCUCCGCCCCCAUUCUGGACUUUGAGGGAACACAGCCCUGUCUGGUGGUGCGAUACCAGGUUUUAAAUUAUGGUUUCCCUGCUUCAUUGGGGGAUGGGGAGGGCAAAAGAGCCCUGAACGCCUUUAUUCUGUGUCCCUCUGCAGGGUAGGAAUUGUACAGCGUCCAGGUUGGCUGUAACUAAACCUUUUUUCAUCUUUUCUCAUUCUAGGACCAGGAAUUACAAUACUUUCUGGCCAAUCUGGUGACGCUUUGGCAGAAAUUAAGAAGGAAAAUACCUCCCUUAAGAGUAAUUUAACCCUGCUUUCCUGUUUCACACAUUGAGUGCAAUAGUACAAUGUUGUUCUGUGUGAUUUAUCUUUCUGUUAUCUUGAAGGCAAAAAGCUAAUUGCUUGGAUGGAACCUGUCACCAGAGCCCUGCCAGGCAAACACCUGGGACAGUGCUGGGAAUGGGUGCUGUUAAUACCACUGAUAUUUUCUGAAGUUCCAAAAUAGGUCUUAAAGGUUUUUUUUGUCAUGGACAUAGGUUCAGUGGGAGGAUUAGACUUGACUGAACAAACUUCUGUGUUACUAGGGAGUAAAGCUAUGGCAACUAGUCUCACAGACGUAGGAAAUUCAUUUGGUCAUCCAACUAGUAUUUCAGUUAAUAGAUCUAGAAACUUAUUGGUGGAAGAUGAUGAUGAUGAUGUUGUGUUUAUUGAAACUCUACAACCUCCUUCAACUUCUUCAGCAAUAGUUGAUCCAAGAGAUUUUAUAUUUGCUUCAUCAAGAAAUGGAAAGCUACAAGGAAAUGAUUCCCUAAUUCCUUCCUCAAGAGAUUUGGCUUCUCAAAAGGGAUAUAUAAGUGAGACUAUUAUUAUUGAUGAUGAAGAGGACAUAGAAACAAAUGGAGGAAAAAAGAAAAAUUCUUUCAGUUUUAUUGAAUGGGGACUUCGAGGAACUAAAAACAGAACCAAAGAUGUGGAUUUCUCUACUUCCAGUCUUUCAAGAAGAAAGACCAAGACUGCAGUAGAACCUUUUAAUCCUGGUAGGAUGAAUGUGGCAGGAGAUGAAUUUCAGAAAGGAGGAUUUGCAACUCAUCAUAGUCCUGAUUCUUGGAUCUCCCAGUCAGCAUCAUUUCCGCGUAAUCAGAAACAGCAAGGGGUGGAUUCUUUUUCACCAGUGGGCUCAUUUCCUCAACAGAUUUGCCAGUCUUCAGCCCAACAGCACCUUAUUAAACCAGCUAUAAUCACUUGUGCACACUGCAAAAACCCUUUACAGAAAGGACAAACAGCUUAUCAACGAAAAGGAUCAGCUCACCUCUUUUGUUCUACCACCUGCCUUUCCUCCUUCUCUCAUAAGCGUACUCCAAAGAAACACAAUGUAAUGUGUAAAAAAGAUGCACCUAUGAAAAGGACUACUGUUGUUCCUCAAGUGCAGUCGAGCCAGCCCUUUCAGGAAUCCUGCAAUACAUACUGUGUGUCUCCCUACAAAGACAACCAGAGUCUCAGAAAAAGAAUUUCAAAUAAAUCAAGAUGUACAAUCUGUGGUAAACUAACAGAGAUUCGCCAUGAAGUAAGCGUUAAUAAUGUGAUACACAAACUGUGCAGUAACAACUGCUUUAACAAGUACAGGUUGGCUAAUGGUCUGAUAAUGAAUUGCUGUGAACAUUGUGGAGAGUACCUGCCUAGCAAAGGUUCUGCAAAUAGUGUCCUGAUGAUUGAUGGUGGCCAACAGAUGACAUUCUGCUGCCAAAGUUGUGCUAACGAAUAUAAACAGAUAUUGGAAACAGAAUCAAAGAAAAUAUCCAUAUCAGAAAACAGGAAAAGAAAUGCUAUUAGAGAAGAAAAUGAGAGGAAAUUAUAUGGAUCAUUGAAUACACUUUUGGAAAAAAUAGAAGGAGUACCAGGAAAAAAGGAAAAGAUUUCAGAGCCACAGGUAUCAUCAGAGUGUAAGAUAGAAGCAUCACUAACCAAACAGGAUAUGAAUUUACCUGCCUCUGUGUCCAUCAUAGAUAAUACAUUUCAAAAGCAAAUGGAAGAUAAAAAAUCUGAAGACUCCACUCAAGCAGUUGUGCUUUCUGCAGAUCCAGGCACAUGGCCCCGAAUUUUAAAUAUCAAACAACGAGACAUUCUUGUUGAAAAUGAUCCCCCUCAAGUAAGAAAUUUUAACUUUCCAAAAGACAAUACAGGGAGGAAGUUUUCAGAAACUUAUUAUACACGAAUUCUUCCAAAUGGUGAAAAAACCCCUAGAUCCUGGUUGCUUUAUUCAACCUCAAAAGAUUCUGUGUUUUGUCUAUAUUGCAAACUCUUUGGAGAAGGAAAAAAUCAACUGAAGAAUGAGAAUGGGUGCAAAGAUUGGCAGCAUUUAUCACAUAUUCUUAGCAAACACGAAGAAAGUGAAAUGCACAUCAACAAUAGUGUUAAGUAUUCAAAAUUAAAAUCUGAUGUGAAAAAAAACAAAACUAUUGAAACUGUAGAACACAAAGUACAUGAAGAUGAGACCAAAGAAAGUGAGCUGUUGCUGUACACAUGAUAUACCUGAUAGGAUCAUAUGUUCACUCACAGGAGAUCUGUACCUCACAGUCAAUACCAUUGUGUUCUAAGGCUCCUACAGAGAGUAACUCAACAGUCCAUUUGCAGUAAGCAUAAUAACAAAGAAAUAAUUUGUUUUCCAAAUUCUAAAGGUAUUUUGAUUCAAUAGGAAUUAAUGCAGGUUUCAGUAAACUAAGUUGUUAAUUUUUUCAGUCAAUUCUCAUAUUUAUAAAAUGUCAUUUAAUAGGUUUGGUUAAUUUACUAUUCUGAGUAGAAAAACAGAAAGAGGUAGAAAAAGGCUUAAAUUUAUCAAUACCAGUUUAAACAAAAUACUUAUGUGAACAAGUGUUAUAAUCAUUAUUAUUAAAGUAAAAACAUUCAGCAGCAGUCUAAGAAUAGAAUGUGAUGUGAAACUAUGGAUUUUUGCUCUUCAACCAAAUACUUGUGAUUUUUUGGGGGGGUUAAACCUUUUAUUUUAGGAAAAUAGCAUCAUUUGUUAAAUAAAUGUUUGAGGUGGUUAAUUUGCAUUUUAUUGGUUUUGAUUUAAUUUGUAAAUAUUUUAGCUUUUCUUGUUUUGUGAGAACUGUAAGCAUAAGUACCUAUUUUUAUCUUGGUAUACAUAUAAGAAAUACAAAAAUAAAAAUGUAUUAAGUUAACCUUUAGGUAUUGUGGCAUUUUUUUCCUUUGAAGGAGACUUUCUGCUUGAAAUCUGAAAAAUAUUCAUGAAAAGUAAGGAUCUCAUUUUCUCAGAUGGUCAAUCAAUGUUCCUAUCACUGUAUAUUUAGUAAUUCUCUAUUGUUUCUGGUUUCUGAUAACAAUUUUUACCAGAUAUUAACUUCUGUUU